UGAUACUAGUGUAUAUGAAAAUAUCGAUUGUUAUUGUUGCAUAGAAAGAAUAAACUACAACGAAACAACAGAUAUAUUGAGACAAAUGAUAUUCAGCUAGAGGCAAGAUGGCUGCUUUGAAGUGGACUAUCAUGCUGCUAGCAUUUCAUCUCAUGGGAUUAUUUUACAGUAAAUCAAUAACAGCAGCACCAAUUUAUAAUAGUGAAGAAAAUCAACUCUCUGGCACGACAGAUAGCACUCUGGUACACAUGAAUGAUCAUGACAUUAGUGAUACACAUGAAACAAAUACACAUAAUGGAGGAAACGAUCAUGAUGUUAAUGGAGUUGCUGAGAAGGGUAAAGAUCGAACAAGUAAGGAAGGCCAAGAAUUUGGAAAUGAGACGGAAUCAGGAGGCUCUAUUCAUGAAAAUGUUGCAAUUUCACCUAACCCACAUGAAGAUGGUGACAUGGCACGAUCUCAAGGUACAUCGAAUGAUGAAGAGAACAAGGAAGACAAUAAUAAAGCCUCUUCAAUAGAAGAUGAUAAUGUCAGUUCUGAAGGUCAUGUUCAUAAAGAAUCAGGACCAGCAGGAAAUUCUGAUGAAGGGGGCCAUGUAAAGCACGAAGAAGCACAUGAUCAGGAAAUGGAUACUGAUGUAGCCAGUGAGGAUGAAGCCGAUACUGAUGUGGCCCAUGAUGUUGAAGAGGAUAUUGGUGCAGCUCAUGAAGAUAAUGAGGAUACUGGUGUAGUCCAUGGUGAGGAAGUCGAUACUGAUGCAGCCCAUGAUGUUGAAGAGGAUACUGGUGCGGCUCAUGAAGAUAAUGAGGAUACUGGUGCAGCCCAAGAUGGGGAAGCUGAUACUGGUGCGGCCCAUGAUGUUGAAGAUCAUACUCGUACUGGUGCAGCUCAUGAGCAUAAUGGGGACACUGAGGCAGCUCAUGAAGAUAAUGAGCAUACUGGUGCAGCCCAUGAUGAGGAAGUCGAUACUGGUGCGGCCCAUGAUGUUGAAGAGGAUAAUGGUGCAGCUCAUGAAGAUAAUGAGGAUACUGGUGCAGUCCAUGGUGAGGAAGUCGAUACUGGUGCGGCCCAUGGUGUUGAAGAGGAUAAUGGUGCAGCUCAUGAAGAUAAUGAGUAUACUGGUGCAGUCCAUGGUAAGGAAGUCGAUACUGGUGCGGCCCGUGAUGUUGAAGAGGAUAAUGGUGUAGCUCAUGAAGGUGAUGUGGUUACUGAUGCAGCCCAUGAUGUUGAAGAGGAUACUGGUGCAACUCAUGAAGAUAAUGAGGACAUUGGUGCAGCUCAUGAAGGUGAUGUGGAUACUGGUGCAGUCCAUGGUGAGGAAGUCGAUACUGGUGCGGCCCAUGGUGUUGAAGAGGAUAAUGGUGCAGCUCAUGAAGAUAAUGAGUAUACUGGUGCAGUCCAUGGUGAGGAAGUCGAUACUGGUGCGGCCCGUGAUGUUGAAGAGGAUAAUGGUGUAGCUCAUGAAGGUGAUGUGGUUACUGAUGCAGCCCAUGAUGUUGAAGAGGAUACUGGUGCAACUCAUGAAGAUAAUGAGGACAUUGGUGCAGCUCAUGAAGGUGAUGUGGAUACUGGUGCAGCCCAUGACGAUGAAAAGAAUACUGGUGCAACUCAUGAAGAUAAUGAGGGUACAGGUGCAGAUCAAGGUGCUGCUGAGGUUACUGGUAAAGCCUAUGAUAUUGAAGAGGAUGGUGGUGCAAUACAUGAUAAUGAAGUGGAUGCUGGUUCUGCUCGCGAAGAUAAUGAGGACAUUAAUCAAGCUCAUGAAGGUGAUGAUAUUGGUGCAGGCCAUAACAAUGAAGAACAUACUUUUACAGAAAAUGAUCAUAAAGAGGAUCAUGAUGCAGACAAUGAAGAUUUUGGUGCCGAAGAUGUUCACAAAGAGAAUCAUAUUGCAGAAUAUGAAGACAAAGGAAAGUAUACGGCUGUAUUGCAUGGAGCUUUUAAAGAAGAGACUACUAAAACAAAUGGAACUAAUGAUAAGGGACUUGAACCACAUGUGCACCAUGAAGAGGCAACUGCAGGCUUGGUGCAUGGAGUUAUUACCCAACAUAUACAUGCAUCACCUGGUAAUGGUAUUGCAUCAAAUGGAGACAAAGCUACAGGCUGUAAUUGUUCUAACAAUGAGACGGACAUCUCUGAAAGAAGGGAAAUUGAUCAAAAAUAUGGUGAUAAAAAUAAAGAUAAACCUGAUGCCAUAAGUACUGACAUAGUAAAGAUUCAUGGUGGGGAUGAAAAUUCAGUCUCAGAUAGAAUAGAUGAGUACAAUUUAACCACGUCAGUCACUGGUUGUGAAAAUUGCACUGUUGUAUCUGGACCACAAUUGCAGAAAGAGGAAAUUAGAAGACAAGGCGCUGAUGGUAUAAAUGAACCAGGACAUGUGUCUCAGUCUCAAGAUUCUGAGUAUUCUCAGAGUUCGACUGGUUCGUUUGUUGUUUUGGGUAUCAUCAUGGGUACAAUAGUUGUUCUCCUUGGAUACUCUGUGUUCAAGAGCAGGUGGAGGAAUGCACAGGAAGCAAAGAAUGAAGAUUUUGGUACAGAAAUGGCAGAUGUGAAGAAAAAUCUUUUACCACGGAAUGAAUUUAGUGGUGGUAUUCAUCCCACUAUAUAUCUGGAAGCAGACGAAAGUAACUCUAAACUGUUAGCAGACACACAGUAUAAGGGUAACAAUGCAAAGAACGAAGGAACACUCAACGUCGAAGCUGGAAUAGCUGACUAUGGUGUUCAGAAUCAGAAAGAUCACGAAAGAUAUGAUGGUUCACAUCCUAAGCAGGAAAUUGAUUUUGAUAGGAUUGAAACUCAGUCAGAACCAAAUGCACCAGACAACACUCUAAAAUCCCAUUCUCAAGAAAGCUCUAAACUUCUCUCAGAAGCUGUUAUUACAAAGAAAGUGGAGACACUAGAUGUUCAAUGUGCACGUCAUCCACUGAAACCUCAAAAGGCCCCAGAUAACACUUCUAAAUCCUAUUCUCAAGACAGCACUAAUCAUUACCCAGAAGUUUUCAUUGCAAAUAAAUUGGAGACAUCUGAUGUUCAAUGUGCACAUCUUCCAGUGAAACCUCAAGAGGCUACAGAUAAGACCUCCAAAUCCCAUUCUCAAGAGUGCACCGAUCAGUUUCCACAACUUUUCAUUGUAAAGAAAUUGGAGACAGCUGAUAUUCAAUGUGUACAUCAUCCGGCGAAACCUCAAAAGGACCCAGAUAACACUUUCAAACCCCAUUCUCAAGAGAGCACUAAUUAUUUCCCAGAAGUUUUCGUUGCAAAGAAAUUGGAGACAGCUGAUGUUCAAUGUGUACAAUGUGUACAUCAUCCACUGAAACCUCAAAAGGCUCCAGAUAACACUUCCAAAGCCCACUCUCAAGAGAGCAUUAAUAAUUUCUCAGAAAAUGUCAUUACAAAGGAAGUGGAGACAGCUGAUGUACAAAUUUCACAUCAUCCAAUGGAACCUCAAAAGGUCCCAGAUAACACUUCCAAAGCCCACUCUCAAGAGAGCACUAAUAAUUUCUCAGAAAAUAUCAUUAUAAAGAAAGUGGAAACAGCUGAUGUCCAAAGUGCACAUGAUUCAUCUCAUCAAAAUGGUCUCAACAAUGCAAAUGUUGUGUCUGAAGUAAUAGCUGAGACACCGCCUAGUGUUCCAUCACAGAAUAAUUACGUUGUUGCAAAUAGCGGUGGUCUGGUAAUGAUUCCUGGCGAGGUGUAUACUACAUCAAUGCCAGCGACAUGUGUGAGUCGUACUGUUGUAAAUAGGCCACCAUGCCGCACUUUCACAUACCAAUAGCAGUCAUAAUAUGAUGACAUUUUUCAUUUCUGGAGGAUUAACCUUGAAAGGUGUUAUUUGUGUUAUGAGUAUUGAGUCGAAACCAGUGAUUCUCAGGUGUGGCCAUCAUCAUCAAAAAACAAUCAGAUAUACACACAUGUUCUAAUCCUGGUAUUUCUUCUGCAUUCUCAUAGUAGCCAAAGUGGGUUUGCACACAAUUUUUUUAAGCUCUAAGUACAUUUUGGUAUUCAUUGUUCAUAUUCAGUGUUCUCACUAAAUGGAGGUUAUGCAUAAUUACACAAAGAAACUGCUCUUCAUACACAAGACUUAUUGUAUACAAUUACAAUUAUCGUAAAAUUAUUUAUUAUCGUCCUGGUUUUUAAGAUAACAAAUAAAAAGAGGACGU